AUGAAUGGCACCGCAGCAGUGGAGCGACGGCAGAAGCGUGCAACAUCAACAGCGAAUUGGAGAAGAGCACAACCACCACUAGGACCUCCAUCGACGGCCUGCUCGCUCCGCGAAGGGAGACACGAUCUAUGGAUUCACUUUUGGGAACGUCUCCUUAUGGGAUUCGAGGUAGAAGGAAUGCUGUACUACGAGCUGCUCCCGCUAGGACACACGGUCGCAGCUGCCAUUUACUCUACCCGGCUUUAG